ACAGAUCCCUCCUCUCUCUCCUUUCAGCUUAUAGCCCAAGUGCCUGUCACCAAGUCCCUUUGAGCUGUGACAUGAGCCACCUGGUGGCAGAGAUCCGAGCUCUGAGAGGGCAGCUGGAGCAGAGCAUUCAGGUGAACACUCGUCUGCGACUGCAGCUGGAGCAACAGUUGGAUGGUGGUGCCAGCAAAGCCAGCCUCAGCCACUCCUCCAUCAACCAGAGCUUCCCUGUCUACAUUGACCCUGGAAACAAGCAGUCACUCUUCCAAGAUUCAGUUGCUUCCCCUCCUGUCCGGGAUGUUGGCAUGGCUUCUCCAGCUGCAGAAUUCCCCUGCUCUUCUUCCUCUGCUCCGGGCUCAGAAGCUGAGAUCUGCAACAGGACAAAUGGUCUGGGUUUGGAAGCUUCUCCAGUAAUGAAGAGCCCUCCCAAGCUGGAGGGUGAUGCUCCUGAUGGCUCCUUUGCCAAUAAGCACGGCCGCCAUGUCAUUGGCCACGUGGAUGACUAUAGUGCCCUAAGACAGCAGAUCGGGGAGGGCAAACUGCUGGUCAGAAAGAUAGCUUCUCUUGUGAGAGCAGCACGCUCCUUCCCUGGCCUAGAAGCUCCAGGCACAGAGGUGCUGGGCAGCAAGGGCAUCCAUGAACUUCGCAGCAGCGCCAGUGCCCUGCACCACACCCUAGAGGAAUCGGCUUCCCUCCUUACCAUGUUCUGGAGAGCGGCCUUGCCAAACUCCCACAGCCCUGCUCUGCCUGGCACAGUGGGAGAGUCAAUGGAAAGAGAACUUCUGGAUCUGAGAACCAAAGUAUCCAAACAGGAGAGACUUCUUCAGAGCACAGUGGAGCAUCUGAAGACUGCAACCCAGCAGAAGGAGAGCAUGGAGCAGUUCAUCAUCAGCCAAUUGACCAGGACACAUGAUGUUUUAAAGAAGGCCAGGACUAAUUUGGAGGUAAGGAAACCACUGCACCAGUCUGAGCUCAGAUCCUGCCACAUACCCAUCACCAUCUGUCAUCAGAGUCUGCAGGUGACCCUCAACCUGCUUUGACCCCUCCAGGAGAAGAUUCUGGUCCACCCAUAGGAUCACGGUUCCUCAGUGAGGAUCCUGCUAGUUUCCAUCCACGUCACCUCUCACAUCCAGUCAGCAACCUCCAUGACAUCUCUGUUCACUCUCACAUUGUCACAACCUUUGCUUUUCAAUCCAGUUAUUCCUCCUUUAUGCCAGGUCAGGAAUCUGGAGAAAUGCAAUUUGUUGAUUCUUGAGAUCAGAAGAUAUCAGGAGUCUGCCUCUGAAUUAGCUUUUGGUAAAGGGAUCUUGAGGCCAGUGAUGUGUUCUUGUGUUUCCCAUUCUAAUUUAUGAAAAAAUGAAAGCAAGGUGCGACCUAAUAAAUUGACCUCCCUGCACGCUAUUGGAUUGAGAACAGCACUUUAAUUUGGAUGUAUCUUUUUCUUUAAGGAACAACAAGAGAAAGAUCGCUUGGUUCUCAGUAAUCUAAAAGGGAAUUUGGUAAUAAAUAAUAACUGAACCUUAAGAGGAAAGAUUUUAUAUAUAUGC